ACACCAAGCACUCAACAAAAACGAAGUAACAUGCCGCAUUACUACAAGCAUCUGUUGGCCAUAGUUCUGCUGGUGAUUCUGCAGCAAGUACACUGCCAGAACGAAACCAAUUACUGCCAAACAGGCCUGUGUUCCAGUCUGAAAAAGCACAUUGGCUGCAAGAAUAAUGGCGAACUGGCCAAGGUGUGUCCACCAACAACGGAGCUUCUGAAUCUUUCCCAGCAUCAGGCGAUUAUUCUUAGCCGACACAACCAGCCACGCAAUUUGCUGGCCGCCGGCAAGAUCGAGGGCUUACGGAGUCCCGAGAAAAUGGCUACGAUGCAGUGGCAUGAGGAACUGGAGCAGCUAGCGACUCUUAAUGUUAAGCAGUGUGCGCUGCACUAUGAUCCUUGCCACAACACUUUCGACUUUCGUAAUUCCGGUCAAAACUUGGCGCUUAUAACCAUUAACAAAACAGAUAUCACAAAUGAGGAACUGAUUAAUUCUACCAUCGAUGGCUGGUGGAAUCAGUACAAGAACAUAACACAGCAGCGAGUGGACUACUUUCCCAAGGAAACAAAAAUUACCGACUUCGUGCGUAACUUUGCGGUGAUGGCGCGCGACAACAACACACACGUGGGUUGCGCGGCCGUGAGAUUUACCAAGGGACUAGUGCAGAACUUCCUAAUGGCCUGUAACUACGCCAGCAAUUUUGUGCCCGAGCAUGCCAUUUAUAGAGUGAAGAGCCUGAACUGCCAAAGCGGCUAUGACAGAAUCUAUCCGGCAUUGUGCAAGACGAGCGAGCAGUACAGAGACAUAGAGCCACUAGAGCCCAACAAGUGGGGGUUUUAAAAGUAAUAUUCAUAUCAGCCAUUUAUAUAUAGCUUAGCCUGCUAUAGCAUACAAUGCCAGCACAAUAAAUUCAAGUGAAACGGUUUAGCUCAACUGGCAAUUAUAUUCCCUCAUAUACACACUCUCAAA